GUCGAUUGUAGACACAUGUGUGGCUGUAGGGAGGGGGCGGGGCCAGGGGGGUUUCCUGGAGUACAGCGGCCGACUGUCACUCUCUCAAUGAUGAAUGCACUGUCUGGUGUUGAGUAAUGCCAUCAAGACACGCACACACACACACACACACAUCAUCAUCACACCAUCAUCUCUUCCGUGGCUGCUCGAGAAGCGCCCGCCCCACUAGACGGGGGAUUGGUUCCUGACGCCUCCCGCCUCAUCAGCCACGUACUCACGCUCUUCGCCACCAGAGGAGCUGUGGGGGGCGUCUUGCCCGUCUGCACUGAUGAGCCCAGGGUGUCGGAUGACGCCUCAGGGGCCACCUUUCUGUUGCUGCGUAGUCUGGCGAUGGGCAGUACCAAUGUGCCGACUGGAGGGGUAGUGCUGCGGUCGGCGUCGGCCCUGCUGGGUGCACGAAUCAGCUGCGAAAGACCUUCGUGUGCAACUGGUCGGACGCAAACAGACAGACAGACAGACAGACGAGAGGACAGAAGGGACAUGGCAAUCCAUUGGCCGCUUUUUGGUGUCUCCCCUCACCCAUCUUCGCGGCAGCCUUUCCAGUGGCCUUUGGUGGUGUCCUGUCUGGCGGUCGUCCGGUGUCCUCAGUGCCAGCCUCACUCUCGAGGACACGCGACUGCGUCUUGGACAGGUCUGGCCGCUUGUCGAUGGCCCGCUGGCUGGCGUCCUUCACCACAGACGUCAGGGGAAUGUAGUACGCACACUCUGAAAAGGACAACGAACGCAGCCUGCUGUGUGUUUGGGGGUCUGCUGGUGCAGCUGGUGGUUACUUCUUACUAGUAUUUCUGAUCAUGCGGAGCAGCGGGCUCUUGGACAAGACGGCGCCCACCUCCUCGGUGACCUUGCCGCGGCUCUCGCGAUCUUUCACUGCACACAAACACAGAGGCACAUGUGCAGAAAAGUCAGUCAGGUUGUCCAACCCUCCACACAAUUUUGUCCACCAACCUGAUUUGGCGAGAGCCAGAAUGUCUCGCAUGGUCACUUGCGAUAGGUGAGACUGAAUACACGCACAACCAAAUGAGAGAGAGAGGGAUGGCCAAAUUGCAUCCGUGUGACCCACACAUGGACAACCAAUGGUUCAUGGAGGGAGAACUACCCAGAUGUCCCGCUUCUCGCUCUGACUCAUGCGAAUGGGGAAUGACGACCUGAGACAGCGAGACACACACAUACCAUAUAUGCAGUUCAUCCAUCCAUCCAUCCGUUCAUGUCUCUCGCACCCCACCGACCGACCCUUCGAAGAGUGGUUCGAAUCUGGCACUUUCUGCCUCCCACUGACAGGCACUCUUGUCCUGCAAAGCCUGCCGCCGCUCCUCGUCCACACGAGCCCAGUGACGGUGACCAAGGAAGACCUACACCACGUAGACAGGAACGCAAAGCAACGGACAGCGAAUGUCGGUAUCCCUGGUGUUCAUUCGGCCCCUACCUUUCUUAUUCUUGAUUGGAGGAAGAAUGCGGGAAAACAGGUAUAGGGGAACUCAUCGCACAUCUGAGCAAACUCAUCUGCAUGAGAGUGGUCGGCGCAGGAGGGAGAAGAAUGAAUGCAUGUCUCAGCCAGCCUUCGGGUUUGCAGUGUGUCGACAGCUGGGCGCACCGACCGAAGUACAGUCUGUUCCACUUGCCCUCGCGGAAGAGGAAUGGCACUCGAUGGACGUUGCGGCCGAACACCUUGUAUGCCAGCCGCUGCUCUUGGUGCAGCACCGUGAAAUGCACGUACUGAUCAAACUCUUUCUAGGUCGAUGCAGACAGACACCGAAGAGUGAAGGAAACCAUAUCACGUUGUGGUGUUCUGUGCGUGGCUGCCGUGGCUGACCUUUGUGAUGUAUCCAUUGCGGUCGUCAUCGAUCACCAUGAAAACAACUGUACAGUGCAGGCAGGCCACGGACACACAUGUAUGGACCCUUUUGCGAAUGUCUGUGCCUCAGCUUUGCAAGGGCCCGCACACUCACACUGCAGCAGUUCUUCCCUGUUGAGAGCACAGUAGCACGAGAACGACACCAGAAAGUCCUCAAAACUGAUGGUGUCAGAACCAUUGCGGUCUGAGUGUCGCAACAAACAGAUAACAGAGGACGCACGCCACCCAUGGUCAGCCAUGCAAUGGAAUGCAAUCGCCAAGCGUCCACACAUGCAUACCAGCAAACAGGAACAGACCCGCCAGCAACAUGUGCACGAUGGAGCUCCGCUGCUCCCCUAGCAGCCGAAACACUUGGAUCAAAGACAGGAACGUGUUGCAACUGAACCACAAACACUCAAACAACUCAUAAGGCCUGAUGGACAGACACGAUGCGGCUUUCUGGCCCACUCUUUGUCGUGUCGCAAGAAGAGCCUCCACACUUUCGUCUGUGCCCUGCGGUCGACAUUGAGGAGCAGCAGCAGCUCCUCCGCCUCCCUGUCGAUAGGAGACACUGGCGCGUAGUUGCCCAUCAUGCG